GUAUGCGUGUGUGUGUGUGUGUGUGUGUGUGUGUGAAACCUGGGAGCUUAAAUAUUGCAAACGGAUCUUCUAUUUGUUCACCGGAGUUUGUUGAAGGAAGAUGGUUAUUGGUCAGCGCUGGUUAUCCACAUUGGAAACAGCCGGAAGGAGGGGACCCUACAGACCCGUGGUUGCCUUCUUUACAUGGCUUUCACUCUUCGUUCAUAUAAUGGCCACUGGUCAAGGAUAUCACGAUCAAGAGUCUUUGGGCAGUUAUGCCGUUGCCAAUGGUAAGGUGACGUCCAUCUUCAAACAUCCUUCGGCCGUCUUUGUCCGCAUAUCGGUUGGAACGUGCAGCGGCAAUCUGAUAUCAUCACACUUCAUCCUCACAGCAUCCCACUGCACUUUUAAACCCCCACCCAUUGAAGUUUAUGUUGGAGACAACAAAAAAUUCUCUGGAAGGAAAUACACAAUUAAAGCCGUCAUCCGCCACCCAGACUAUGGUGGGAAUGUAACCGGCAGAAGAAACGACAUUGCCAUGUUGUACACCAAAGUUCCAGUGCAACUGUCGAAAUCUGUGCAGAUUGCCGAAAUGAUUAAACCAGUGGAUGUGAACAACUUGAAGGAUACCUGCUAUGUGGCAGGUUGGGGGAGAUUAAGUCGCAAAAAAAAGAUAUUAACAAAUACGUUACAUGAGGGAGUGAUGGUCAUGACGAACCCAAAAGACUGCAGGUCUGAGAACAGCUCUUUCUCCGAAGAUUCUGACAUUUGCAUGAAAAGGUUCAUGCCGAAGUUACAAACCACAGCUAAUGGGGAUUCUGGGGCGGGUCUAUUUUGCUACAGUAAUGCCAGAAGCAGAUACGUCCUGGCUGGAGCAAACUCUGGAGGAAUUGGGUAUAACUUGACGGUAUUUAGUAAAAUAUCAUUCUAUAGUAAGUGGAUACGAUCUGUAUUUCGUAAGCAGAGAAACGGUGACUUUGAUACUGGUGAUCCUAAUAAAAUGAUUAUCAGGUCAAUUUAAUUCUAAUUAAAAUUUAAUCUUAAUCGUC